AUGGCAGUAAUGAUUGGAUCUCUCUUGUUGCUCUUGGCAAUGAUAAGCCAAUUGCAUGCUCAUCCAACGAACUCACCAACAAACAUAUUCAUCUUAGCUGGACAAAGCAACAUGGCUGGCCGAGGAGGCGUCCAUGGGGACGUCUGGGACGGGAUUGUUCUGCCAGAGUGCCGGCCAAACCCGUCUAUUCUCCGGCUUUCGGCUAACCUCACCUGGGAGGAAGCAAGAGAUCCAUUACACAAAGAUAUUGACGUGAAUAAAACCGCUGGAGUUGGGCCAGGCAUGCCAUUUGCGAAUGGUGUGCUAAACAAAGACCCGGUUUCGAACCAUCGGUUUAGUACCUUGCGCUGUUGGGGGACAAACAUAACCGAAUGGAGGCGUGGUAAAUUCUUAUACAACCAGCUAGUUAAUCGAGCAAGCGCCGCAGUAAAAAGCGGGGGAAUCAUCAGGGCUAUGUUAUGGUUUCAAGGUGAAAGUGACACUAAGAUUCAAGAGGAUGCCUUGUCUUACGGAAGAAAUCUUGAAACAUUUUUUACCAAUGUGCGCGCUGACUUGCGUUUGCCAUCGCUUCCCAUCAUUCAGGUGGCGGUGACAUCGGCGGAAGGGACAUUAAUCGACACUAUAAGGCAAGCUCAACUGGGAUUCAAGCUUCCUAAUGUACGAUGUAUAGACGCCAAGGGCUUGCAACUGAAAUCGGACGAUCUCCAUCUCACGGCUGAGUCCGAGGGUUCUAAAAUAUGGCGUAUGGUGAAACAAUCAUUGCUCGACAUGUUCACUGAGCAACUUCUGGAUAAUGAAGGAGAGACUAUGACCGUAUCAAACUACGAUGUUCCUGGUAAUUAUGGCAGAUAUAGGCAUGCCAAACACCAGUGUAAAAUUAUCUUUUACCGGAACACGAGCUUAAAGCUGGUUGAUGAACCCGAUAUCCCAAUGAUAUUGUUCGAUUUUGUAUCCUUUGCUGAUAUCAAUGAUCGCAAAAAUGACCACGACUACAUAAUAGAUAUCAUUGGUACUGUGAAAGCUGUCGGUGAUAUUAUUGAGAACCCUAACACGGGGAAGAAAAUGAUCAUAUUCAAACUUGAGAACUUGAAGUAA